UCCGCCAUCCCCAAGGGAUACGGUGCCGUCAUCCUGGUGAACGUCAUCGGAGCCUCGCUCGCGCUCGUGACCUUGUCAUUCAAGGUCAGCGCCGCUCGCAAGGAGUACAAGGUGGAUCUCCCCGCCAUGUACGCCACGGGCAAGGACAAGAAAAGCGUCACGUUCAACUGCAUCCAACGAGGCCAUCAGCAGGCUCUCGAGACCUUCCCGACCAUCCUCGCGAGCUCCCUCAUCGGCGGCAUCCGGUACCCGCUCUCGGUGUGGCUUUUCGGUUGCGGGUACAUCAAGGCGAGGCAGGAGUGGGCGAAGGGCUACGCCUCUGGUGACCCGCAAAACAGGUAC